AUGUCGUCAUCACAGCAGGUUCCUGCGAAGAAGCAGCAGGAUCUCCAAACAACUUACUCGAAUUUCAAGAACACGCUGCAGCAAAUUGCUUCAAAAAUCGGCGACAUUGAGCAGGAAGCUGAAGAGCACAAGUGCGUUUUCCCCUUUCACUUGCUCUCCUUUCACCUUUUCCCUUCCCCUAUUCUGGUGCUUCAUGUAACGACUUUUGGCCCCCGCGCUUUCUCGCCAGGUCUCACAUCUGCCCUAUUCAUGGCCCCCAUCAUUACGCCUCACUGCAGUCCUACAUAUCGUUAUCACACCGCUGAUUUAAUUACUAUUCUAGGCUGGUUCUUGAAACCUUGGAGCCGCUUGCAGAAGAUCGAAAGUGUUUCCGUUUGA